GGGGAGAAGUCCCUUCUAGAAUAUACAGGAGUGAGUUGAGUUUUCUCUUCUCCAAAACCCCGACGAGACCAAACCUCUCAAAACCCUAGCAUAGUCUCUCAUUUGUGGUUCGCCUACACCAACAGAACCAGCCAUGGCGCUGAGCUCUCUUCGAAUCCGCCGAACCCUCUGCGCCCUCUCAAACCUCCAUCGCACUCUUUCUGCAACCUCUGCACUGUCAUUUUCACACUCUUCUUCCUCUCCUCUGCUCAAUGGCCCCACCUCAGUACAAUCUCCUGCAUCGCACCCGAAAUCCUGGACCCUCCUCCUCCAUUCUCGGACGUUCAGGUCGUCCUCGCUCUCUUCUGCUCGAUCGGCGCCGUACGACAACAACCAAAACGAGAAGAUGGACCCCAAUACGGUACUGUUCGAAGGGUGCGAUUACAACCACUGGCUCAUUGUCAUGGAUUACCCGCAAACCAACCGGCCUCCGGCUGAGGAGAUGGUCAGAGCUUAUGAGGAAACCUGUGCUAAAGGCUUGAACAUCAGUGUGGAAGAGGCAAAACAGAAGAUGUAUGCUUGUAGCACUACAACGUACACAGGCUUUCAGGUCGUAAUGUCUGAGGAAGAGUCACAGAAGUUCGAAGGUUUACCUGGAGUUAUUUUUGUGUUGCCAGAUUCUUACAUUGACCCACAAAACAAGGAAUAUGGAGGAGACAAAUACGUUAAUGGUACAAUCUAUCCAAGACCACCCCCAGUUCAUCAUGGAAGACAGCAGGGGAGAUACCACGAUCGUAACAGAAAUCCUGACCCACCAAGAUACAAUGGGCAAGGACCGACGCCUAAUCAGCAAGGGAAUCCCUCCUAUAAUCUGAAGGGGCCUAUGCAAGAUAGAGGGAACUAUGGACCUUCACAAACUUAUGGCUCACAAAGACAAGGAGAUAAUAGAGGCCCUUUACCAGUGAAUACCCCUGGAGGGAGGGAUGCGUAUCAGCCAGGGAGAGAUCCAGUACCUUCAUAUCAGGGCAAUUAUAACCAAGCAGGGCAACAAAAUUAUCAUCCCCAAGAACAAAGGAACUUCCCAGAAGGAGAUCAGAGGAAUUAUGCCCCUCCUGGUCCGGUGGGAUUUAGGCGAGAUGAUAGGAAUUAUGUUCCCCCACAAACUGAAACUCAUGGACAAGGUUUGGGUGGAUUUCAAGGCCAGGGAACAGCUAGAGCUUAUGGGCAAGGACCGAGCUCCGGAGCUUAUGGGCAAGGACCGAGCUCCGGAGUUUAUGGGCAAGGACCGAACUCAGGAGCUUAUGGGCAAGGACCGAGCUCCGGAGCUUAUGGGCAAGGACCGAGCUCCGGAGCUUAUGGGCAAGGACCGAGCUCCGGAGCUUAUGGGCAAGGACCGAGCUCCGGAGCUUAUGGGCAAGAAGGACAGAGGUCCGGAGCUUAUGGGCAAGAAGGACAGAGGUCCGGAGCAUAUGGGCAAGAAGGACAGAGGUCUGGAGCUUAUGGGCAAGAAGGACAGAGGUCAGUAGCCUUUGGCCAAGGACCGAGCUCCGGAGCAUUUGGCCAAGGACCAAGCUCUGGACCCUUUGGUCAAGUAACAGAAGUAACAGCUUCUGGUAAUGGGCAGAGCUACCCUGGGUACGGAGGAGAUCAGAGGUUUUCACAAGGGGAGCAGAGGAACGUGCAAGGUGAACAAAGCAACUAUGCACCCACAGGACAGACAGGAAUUGAGCAAGUAAGAGAUCCACUGUUUAGUAAUUGAGAUGAAUCUCACUUUUUUUGGUCAUAAAGAUGAAACUUGGACUUGUGUGGUAGUCUCAGUAUAAUUUCAAGGCGACACGAAAAAAUGAGAGGAAUUUGCUGGGAAAUUUUAGAUGGCUCAUGGUAGUUGGUUUUUGCAGGGGAGGUAUUAAUGACAUGCCAAUCAUGACAAUGUGAGAUGGGAUGUAGGAAGGAGUUUUAUCAAUCAUUUGUCCCUGAAGGGAGAUUGCUUGACCUUCUGAACUCUUUCCAUGGUACAUAAUCUGUCAAAUUUUCUUGUGAGCAUCAUUUUUUUUUUCCUAGUGAAAUCAGAACUUUUAGCUUUCCUCGUUUGUUUUACGAGCUUGGAACUUGAAUUUUGCUCCUAAUGAAGUAUACGAAUGUAAUGCGUGCCAAUGAUGUUAUAUUUUAGUUUUGGAAAUGGCUAUUGGUUCCUAUUUAAGUA